AUGCCGGGCGUUAUGUCGCGCUGCUGCUGCGGCUCACGCGCCUCCUCUCGCACAGGUCGGUGCCCGGUCGCGGUCGCUUCUGCAGCCGUCGGGCCGCUGCGCCACUGCUCUGCGCCGCUCGUUGUCUCGGUUCUUCCCCCGCGCUUCGUGCUUCCCGGCAUGUUCGGCGAACGCCGCCUGCAGCAGGUGUCGCGUGGGUGUGCUGUACUGUGCGGUGGCACUUCUCUGUCUUAUCGUUUCAUUUGGACGCCGUCCCAUCGCGUGUAUUUUUAA